GCAAAUUAUCUAUGAAAGAAAUUGAGUUUUAAAGCAUCACAUUUUUUCAUGAUUAUUAAACAUUACUGCAUUGCUUUAAGUAAUAAAUUCUAAGGUAUAAGACAAGAAAUUAAUGUAUAAAUGAAUAUAUAUGAUUUACACUUUAAGUCAAUGGCGUAUAGGGAACCAAUUUUACAGCACAUAAUAAUUGAUAAGAAAUCUCUGUAUGACAUCACUUCCGAUAACAAUCAUAACAACUCUUCGACAGGAAAAUAAUCAAUAACGAAGAUGGAAGGGUGUACAAGAGAGUAAACAAGCAGGGGAUACAUAAGAGCACUAUGUAUAGCAUAUGAUGACCGAGCUGUGCUUGAGAGAAUGGUAUCAACUCAUACAACACUCUACCUGAGGGUGUCCGAGGCGAAAGAACUGCUUGCCAAAGACUUCAAUGGAAAAAGUGACCCCUAUUGUGUCAUAAAGGUGGAUAAUGUUGUUACUGCCAGGACAGCUACGGUGUACAAAACCCUUGAUCCUCUCUGGGGAGAAGAAUUUAUCCUACACAUGCCCAGUGGCUUCCAGACUUUGAGCUUUUACAUUUACGAUGCAGACAAAGUCAGUAGUGGGGAUGACAUCAUUGGAACAGCCUCAGUCACCAGGGACUAUCUCUAUGGAAACAAAAAUCCUAAAGGCCUGGAGACGUGGCUGCCACUGCAGAAAGCGAACAAAGACCUGGAGAUUCAGGGGGAGAUGUUGCUGGAGUAUGGAAUUCGAACCUCGGAAGCUACGGGACAGUCGUUUGUUUUUGUCACGGUCAUGGAGGGCAGAGACCUUGCCCCAAAAGACAAAACCGGCUACUCAGAUCCUUAUGUGACAGUCAGCUGUUUUGAUGAGACCAAAGCGACAUCGAAACAAAAGAAGACACGUUUCCCUGAGUGGAAUGAAACUCUGGAGUUUCUCCUGCCCGAGGACACGUGCAUCGCAGACCUGAGCGUGAUCGUCACCGUCUGGGACAAGGACAACUUCAGCAGCGACGAUUUCAUGGGACAAAUCCAUUUGAAUUCUGAGGAUGUGACCCAUGGAACCAUCAGGAAUUGGCAUGCAGUGGCCCGACGACCUACCAGUGACCGCUGGGCUAGAAGGGCCAGCCGAGUAGAGCGAGGCAAAAUCCGCGUCAAGCUUCAGCUCCUAGAGGAGACGGUGUUGCCCUCAUCAUGUUACCAGCCACUGGUGGAUCUGCUGGGGGAAGCUGUCAAAAACCGCGACCUGGGUCAGCUGUUGUGGGACACACUGGAGCAGGACCGGACCAUCGAGCUGGGGGCCAUGGCGAUGUCUCUGGUUCGAUUCUACCUGAGCCAGGAGCUGGCCUUUGAGUUCCUGGAUGCUGUCAUACUGCGGGAUAUUGAGAAGACCGAGGAUGUGAACACACUGUUCCGGGGCAACACGCUGGGCACCAAAGCUGUGGACAAUUUCAUGAAGGUACUGGCCAUGCCUUACUUACAGAAGGUUUUGCAGCCCACGAUAGAUCGUAUCAUCAAUGAGAAGAAGACGGUUGAGCUCGAUCCCUUCCGAGUGAACAGCGUCCGCACGAGACGGCACAGCCUACACCGAGAGUCGGAGGAGAGUUUUGUGAACCACAGCAUGGAGGCCAUCGAAGACUACACCAUCAGCGCCAUCAACAGCAUCGUCAACUCGGUCACUUACUGCCCACAGGUCCUGCGGAAAGUGCUGAGAAAUAUACAGAUCAGGGUCCGGGAAAAAUGGCCGGAAGAGAUCUAUGAGGAUGUUCCGUACAUUGCUGUGAGUGGCUUCGUCUUUCUUCGGUUCUUCGCCCCUGCCAUCAUGUCCCCAAAACUUUUCUCCUUGAGCGACCAGCACCCGAACCGAAAAGUGAUACGGACGUUCACGCUGCUUGCCAAGAUUGUGCAGAGUGUGGGCAAUUUGACCCCUGGUCAGCACGGGAAAGAGGCCUGGCUGGAACCGCUCACACCUCUCAUCUCGCAGAAAAUCCUGGAGGUGAAGGAUUACCUGGACGCUCUCGUUAAUGUCGGAGAUUUCUCGGCCUCCCACAAAUACCUGGUCCGGCAACAAAGCAACGAGACAGUGCUGAUCCAAGGUCACCUCUACAAAUGUCACUACCACUGCAAGAGACUCUUCCGUCCCAUCGUGCUGAAAAAGUGCUACUUCUAUCUCACCCGCGUCAUGCUCUGCUACCGAAAAACUCCCGAAGAUGAAGACACCAUGGUGAUGGUGGAGAACAUCUGUGCCGUGGAGAAGCUGGACUACGGAGCCCUGGGCAAGUCCAACAUGGGCCAGAUCAUCCACAAGACGUCGGAUGAGAACACAGGGAUUAUUUACUUCCAGGCAAAGGAUGUGAACGAGUUGACCGCGUGGAUCUCAGCCAUCAGAAAAACCUGCAAGUACAACGCCUGCCGCAUCGAGACGUUCCAUCCUGGUGUGUUCAAGGGGGACAAGUGGAACUGUUGCCGAAAAGAGCAGGAUACAGCCCCAGGCUGCAGCCCGACGUACCACGGUGUGGUGCUGGGAGACUGGCAGGACCCGCUAGACCCAGACGUCGACGCUCAGAUCAUCUACAGCCAGAUCGCUCACAGCAAGGACAAGAUCAGGAAAAUUCAGCACGACUUACGCAUGAGCAUAGCGGGACAGGAACCCACGGAUGCAUCGUCUAUCGUGGCUGACAAGGCCACUCAGACAGCCAUGGCCAGCCUGUCGCUGGUGUCCAGCGUGCUGGACGUCUCGGAGCAGCUGGCCAUGUCACAUCAGACCUUCGUGGAGUCGAGUCCCAUCCUGUCCCACUCGUCCCGUUCCCGCAGUGUUAGUAGCAGCGUUAGUGGAGAUGAUGGGAUUUUCUAGAAGGGCGGUCACAAUGUCAUAGUGGAGAUGAUGGGAUUUUCUAGAAGGGCGGUCGCAAUGUCAUAGUGGAGAUGAUGGGAUCUUCUAGAAGGGCGGUCACAAUGUCAUAGUGGAGAUGACGGGUUCCGCUAAAAUCUUGAGAGAGAUGCCUUCGUGAAUUAAAACUUGGAGAUGAAGGCAUCCUCUUGAAGGACCCCCCAACACCAAGCCAUCAUAGACAAUGUGGGAUUUCUCUGCUCUGGUGCAAGUUCUCGUGGCUGCUGUUAACUCUUUUCAUGGAUUAAUAGUGAGAGGCAAAACGCAUCUUGAGAAGGACUUCACAACACAACACAGCACAAUUAAAUGGCUUUGUGGACUAAGGCUUGGCUGAAAAAACACUUGACAAGACAGGACAACCCAAGCUGUCGUAGAUGAGGCAGGAUUACUCAGCUGUAGUGUGAGUUCUCAUUGCUGCAUUUUAUUUUCUGUGUGGGUUUUUGUUUGCCUUUUUUGUAACCUUCAAGAGGAUGUCUUCAGGGAUUGAUGUCUGGAAACAAUGGCACCUUCUAGAAAGAUCUCGCAGCUUAACACUGUAACAUCUCUUUAUGUGCUAAUGUUUGGAUUUGAAACCUUCACAAGGACAUUGAAUUUCAAGCUGUCACACACAAAACAGUAGACCAUGCUUUCCUUAUGUCUCCAGUAUUUUGUUGAGACCUGUAAUAUUAGUUUAGAUCAGGCAGGGCCAAACUACAGCCCUCAAACGAGAUUUAGCUCACAAACAGUUUAAGUCUGGUCUGUGAGUCAACCCGAUAAUUAAAAAUGAAUGUGGCCAGUGAUUAGUUGAGAAUUAAAAGAAACAAACUGCCCUUCUUGAAAAUUAAAAUAAAUAAUUACCUCAGCUUUGACCUGUGAGAUAUUCAGCAUCCUUUAAUCCGACCCACAACUCGGGCAUACUUACCCAUCCUUGGUUUAGAGGAGUAAAUAAGUCUGGUGUAUAUGGUCCAAGACCCGAGACCAAAUGUCACAAAUAUAUUCUGUUUGAUGUUGAUAUUGGAAAAAAAAAAAAAAA